UUCCGCGACCGUAGGAAGCUCGGUGUCUUCGGUCGCUUGGGAGACCGUGCGGCCGUGAAGGCAGCUUCCUGAGCCGCUGGGAUUACAAGUGUUGUUGGUUUUUAACACCUCAUAAUGUAUUGUGGAGCAGGCAGAAGUCAUGGAUGUAGAUGCUGAAAGGGAGAAAAUAACAAAGGAGAUAAAGGAGCUGGAAAGGAUUUUGGAUCCCAGCUCCUCCAACAUCCAUGUGGAGGUUUCAGAAUCAAGUCUUGAUUCGGAUUCCGAUGCAGAUUCACUGCCCAGUGAAGACUUGGAAGCUGUUGAGCCCCCAAUCCUGGAAGAAGAAAGGUGGGGUGAGGCCAGCAAUGAUGAGGAAGACCCCAAGGAUAAAACCCUCCCUGAAGACCCUGAAACUUGUUUACAGCUGAACAUGGUCUAUCAGGAGGUCAUCCAAGAGAAGCUGGCAGAGGUCAGCUUGCUUUUGGCCCAGAACAGGGAGCAACAGGAGGAGAUCCUAUGGGAUCUGGCUGGGUCCAGAGGCCCCAGGGUGAAGGACGGCAAGAGUCUACCCCCAAACAUGUACAUCGGUCACUUCAUGAAACCGUACUUCAAAGACAGGGUCACUGGAGUGGGGCCUCCUGCCAAUGAAGAGACACGAGAGAAGGCUGCUCAGGGAAUCAAGGCUUUCGAGGAGCUCCUGGUGACCAAGUGGAAGCACUGGGAGAAAGCUUUGCUCCGAAAGUCAGUGGUGAGUGACCGCCUACAGCGCCUGCUUCAGCCCAAGUUACUGAAGCUCGAGUACUUGCGCCAGAAGCAGAGCCGGGUCUCCAGUGAGUCAGAGCAGCAGGCCCUGGAGAAGCAGGUUAGGGAGGCAGAGAAGGAGAUCCAGGACAUCAACCAGCUUCCAGAGGAGGCCUUGCUGGGGAACAGGCUGGACAACCACGAUUGGGAGAAGAUUUCCAAUAUCCAUUUUGAAGGAGGCCGCAGUGCAGAGGAGAUCCGGAAGUUUUGGCAGAGCUCUGAGCAUCCAAGCAUCAACAAGCAGGAGUGGAGUGUCGAGGAGGUGGAGCAGCUGAGGGCCAUCGCAGCUACGCAUGGCCACCUGGAGUGGCACUUAGUUGCAGAGGAGCUGGGGACCAGCCGCAGCGCCUUCCAGUGCCUGCAGAAAUUCCAGGAGCACAACAAAGCCCUGAAGCGCAAGGAGUGGACAGAGGAGGAGGACCGCAUGCUCACCCAGCUGGUGCAGGAGAUGCGUGUUGGGAGCCACAUUCCCUAUCGCAGAAUUGUCUACUACAUGGAGGGCAGAGACUCCAUGCAGCUGAUUUAUCGGUGGACCAAGAGCUUGGAUCCCAGCCUGAAAAAGGGGUUCUGGGCCCCAGAGGAAGAUGCUAAAUUGCUUCAAGCUGUUGCCAAAUAUGGGGAGCAGGAUUGGUUUAAAAUCCGGGAAGAGGUGCCAGGUAGGAGCGAUGCCCAGUGCAGAGAUCGAUAUCUCAGAAGAUUACAUUUUAGUUUGAAAAAGGGGCGAUGGAAUGCAAAAGAAGAGGAGCAGUUAAUCGAAUUAAUAGAAAAAUACGGUGUUGGUCACUGGGCGAAAAUAGCUUCUGAACUACCCCAUCGCUCAGGCUCCCAGUGUCUAAGCAAGUGGAAGGUCAUGGCUGGGAAGAAGAAGAGUCUCCGGAGGAGGCGACGGCGGCCCUGUCGCAGAGUCCGCUGGAGCUCCGAUAGCAGCAGCAGCUGUAGCACUGGAGGUGGCGGCAGCAGCAGCAGCAGUAGCAGCAGCAGCAGCGAGGACCCAGAGACAGAGCUAGAGGAACCCCGGAAGGGCCUCAGAGGGCCACUGUCCCCAAAGUACACAGUGCCAGACAUGGACCUGUGGGUCCCUGCCAGGCAGAACACCAGCCAGCUGCAGAGGGGAGGGGCUGGGGGCUGCUCAGGACACCCUGCUGCCUUCACUGGCCCUUCUAAGGAGUUUGAUGCUACCCAAGGUUGCAGUAGGGAAGCUUCCAGCACAGCCUUGGCUCCUCAGGAAUUGAACCAGAGAGAGGCCCCUACCGGGAUCCACAGCCCCGUCCCGAGAGGUGUCCAAGACCCACACUUGGCAGACCGUCACCCAGCAAGCCUGGAGGAGCCAGCCUCUGAGGGUGGACAGCAUCUGCUGAAAGUACCCCUGAUGACAGUACAGAAGGUGCUGAGGACCAGUAUGGCCGUCCAGAACCGCACACUGGUGAGGGCCCAAAGCACUUACAUCCUGAAGGAGAGGCUGAGGCAGCCGUCCCCACCUGACUCACCCCCAGGGCCUGGCCCUGGUGACGGCAUGGCUGGGCCUUACCUAUGGCAGCUGAGGCAUGGAACCUUCCAGAAUGGACAGCAGCACCGGAGACAUAAUCUGCACCGGAGGCUCCUCGAGCGUAGACUUCUGUUGGCUGUGACACCAUGGGUGGGUGAUAUCGCCCUGCCCUGCGCACAGGUCCCCCCCAGGCCUGCAGCUGUGCACACUAGAGCUAACACCAUCAGAAUGCAGUUAGAGCCCGCCCGGCUGGCCAGCACCCCGGUGUUCACGCUGCUGAUUCAGCUGUUGCAGAUCGACACUGCUGGCUGCCUGGAUGUUGUUCGUGAGAGGAAGACCCAGCCACCCACAUCACUCCAGUCUGGCACCCAGGGCCUGCCACCACAUCUUCUGCAGGCUCCCUCCUGUGCCCAGAGCACCCCAGGAUGCCCCUUCCCAAAUGUGCCAACCCGGAAUGCUACAAAGAGUGCCAGCCACAGAGGGAGCACAGGACAGGAGUCCUGCCAGGCCAACUCCACCUCACCCCAAGUGCCUGUGGCGGCCCCACGCGGUCCCCGACCCAAGCCUAAGACUGUAUCAGAGCUGCUUCGGGAGAAGCGGCUCCGUGAGGCUCGUGCCAGGAGGGCCACCCAGGGCCCAACUCUUCCUCCCCAGCUGCUGGUCUCCCCUGUGACCCUUGGGCCCCCUGUGCUGCCAGCCCCUCAGCCUCAGGGUUCCCCAGCCACAGGUCCUGUCUCCAGUACAGACUGCUUUGGGCCUAGGGCCCCCAUGGCAGCCAGUGCAUGCCCGUCUGGCUGUUGGCAGGAGACUGGGGUUUCAGACAAGGACGAGGGACUCCCCACCCUACAAGCCUUGCCUCUCAGUCCCGCCCCAAGCCCUGGCCAAGUCCCCGUGGGCUGCCCUCUGAGCAUUCUGGGACAGUCUCAGGCCCCUACCACAUCCCGGAAGCAGGGCCUACCUGAGGUUCUGCCCUUUUUCCCCGCAGCCCCCAGCCCCACUCAACUGCCCAUGCAGCCCCUCAACCUGACGCCUGCUCUGGGCACACACAGAAGUGGGACCCCCCUGGCAGCCAGCAUCCCCUUGCCUGUCACCUGGGUGCUCACAGCCCAGGGGCUGCUCCCUAUGCCAGUACCAGCAGUGGUGGGCCUCCCUGGUCCCACAGGGCUACCUGUGAAGCUCCCACCACCCUGCUGUGAGGCUCCUGCUUGCCCCUCACAGCCCCAGGCCAGUGUGGACACAGAGCCAGCCCCCUCUUCCAGGACUGACACCUCAGCUCCCCCAACUUGCCCCCUAUCCCAGAGUCCUCUAGAAGUCGGUGGUAAUGUUCCUGGCGCUCUUGGAGAGGCCCAGGUGGUCAAGGAGGCUGCAGUGCCAAGGACGUCUUCCCAGACCAACUGCCCUGAAGCAGAGCCCCCCCAGCCCAGCCAGCUCUCUGCUUCUGUUGGCACUGGUCCCACAAAUGGCUCAAGAGGGACACUGGAGCCUGGGGGGCCUCUGGGUCUAGAGAAGCCACAAUUGUCUGGGUCCGAGAAGGGGGCCUUGGAUCUGAGCCUGCUCUCCCUGGAGAGUGAGGCAGCCACACGGCAGUGGCUAAAGGGACAGCAAGGGGUUCAUGUGCCCCCACUGGGGAAUAGGCUACCCUACCAUCCCCCCACCCUGUCCAGCCUACGAGCACUGUCCAACCUCCUGCUCCACAAGAAGGCCUUGGAGCACAAGGCCUCCUCCCUAGUGGCCAGUGGGGCAGCUGGGGCACUGCAGACCUCGUUGGAGCUGGUGCGGAGGCAGCUGCAGGACAACCCAGCCUACCUUUUGCUGAAGGCACGGUUCCUGGCAGCCUUCACAGUGCCUGCUCUCCUGGCCACCCUGGCCCCCCAUGGCAUCCGUACCACCCUGUCAGUGGCCACAAGAGCCAGCUCUGAGAGUGAGGAUGAGGACCUCCUGAGUGAGCUGGACCUUGAAAACAGGGACAACUGGUUAGGCUGUGCAUCCAGUAGAACACAGGCAAGGCCAGCAACCACGGUCCCCAUCCAGGUAAGGGUGCCAGGCUCAGCUGCACUUUCCUGCCUACACGUCCUUCCUGCCUGGCGUGGCAAGUUGGGGCUGAUGAAGUGGCACAGGGACACUGGCUGCAUGUCCCACAGGAGGAAAAAGCUGGCCCACGCUGCAGAAACUCAGCCCUGCCACUCAGGGUCCCCCCCCCCCCAAGUGCUGGGUGGGUGUUAGGAAGAGCUCGUGGUAGCUGAGCUGGCCAGCUCUGAGCUCUGCCCACCACAGGCACACACCUGACCCAGGGCUUCUGCUUAGGACGUUUUCUCAUCUGUGUUAGCAAUACUUUUCUUUCUUGUCCCACCAGAACCUUGAAACAAAAUGUUGGGGACAUUGUUGUGGCCUCCUGGCUGCCCCUAGGGAGCCACAGACACCAAAACCCCUGCCCCUGUUGCCAGGUGUCAGACCUUUGUGCCUGACCAGGGUGGGCUUCAGCCUUGCAGGGGUACCUGUGGGCAGCAGCCUCCAGUGAUGCCCUCCCCAGGAUUUCCAGGUGCAGCCUUCCCCCUGAGGUGGUCGCUCCCUUCCCAGGGGGGCCAAGCCCUGUUCCUCAGCACUGUCCCUGCUGGCCCUUGCCUCAGAGCAGAAGGCUGGCCAUGAAGGGUUUCCUUAAAGUGGGUUGGCAAUGCCUUUGUGAGGGAGAAAGCCCCCUGUGGGCUCCAGGAAGGCCUGCUGCAGCCCCUCCCUGGCUCAGGUCCUGCUGCCCUGGCUCAGUUCACAAUGUGCCCUGUCCUGAGUGAGGACAGAUCCAAGAAACUGGCCUGUUCUGUUUGGGUCAAGACUGGCUAGUGCUUUCCCCUCGAGGCCCUUCUCCGUGCCCCCAUCCACUGCCCAUUGUGGUGGGGGUCACUCUUAUUUGUCCUUGCCUGGGCUCUUAUUUCAGGGAGCUCUGGUUUCUAGCGAGGGUGCUGUUCCCUCCCACUUGGAUACCUUUGAUGACCUUGAUGUGCUCAGGACCAGGCAUGGCCGGCAUGCCCG